AUGAUUUCAUGGGCGGUCGUUCUUCUUGUCCUGUCCGUGGCCGUCGCGGCGUCGCCUGCGCCGGCCAACCAGAGCAGCUGCUACAAGCAUCUAUUCAGCUUCGGUGACUCUCUGAUCGACACAGGCAACUACAUCGUGCACUUCUCCGCCGCACCGGGUCCAGUCGUGGAGUUGCCAUACGGCGAGACCUUCUUCGGCCGGCCCACCGGCCGCUGGUCCGACGGCCGCCUCAUCGUGGACUUCAUCGUGGAGAGGCUGGGUUUCCCGUACUGGCCAGCGUACCUGCAGGCGGCGGCCGGGAAGUCGCUGGCAGAGGAGUUCCGGUACGGCGUGAAUUUCGCUGUGGCCUCGGCCACGGCGUUGAGCCAGGAUUUCUUCAGGAAGAAGCACCUCCGUGUUGACCUGAUGCCCCCCUACUCCCUCGACGUCCAGAUCGGGUUGUUCAAGAAAGUUCUCGCCGUGCUCGGCUCCACGGACCAAGAGAGGAAGGCGGCAAUGGCGAGCUCGCUGUUCCUGGUGGGGGAGAUUGGCGCCAACGACUACAUCCAACCCUUGUUCCAGAACAAGACGCUCGAAUGGGUCAGGCCCCUCGUGCCCCGGAUCAUCAGGUCCAUCGCUCUGUCCAUCGAGGCUCUAAUCGAGCUGGGCGCCAAGACCAUGUACGUGCCAGGCAUCUUCCCCAUGGGGUGCACCCCGCUGUUCCUCGGCAUCUUCCCCAGCGACGACCGCGACCCCGCCACAGGCUGCCUCCGGUGGCUCAAUGACCUCACCCUCCUCCACAACCACAUGUUGAAAUCCCAGCUCGACGAGCUCCGCCGCAACCAUCCGGGCGUUUCCAUCACUUACGUCGACUACUAUGAGGAGAUCCUCAGCCUCGUCACCAAGCCGGUGGAGAAUGGGUUCGCUGCGGAGACGGUGCUGGAUGCGUGCUACCCCGUCUUCGUUCCUGGGAGGGGGGUGGUGCGGUGCCCGGACCCGUCGAGGUACGUGUCAUGGGAUGGUGUACACUUGACGGAGGCAACAUACAAGAUCAUGGCCCACGGGAUGCUUGACGGCCCGUUUGCCAUGCCGCCCAUCGUGUCCACAUGCAACCGCAACUGCUAG